AUGGCGUUCGAGAUAUCCCAAAAAUGGUCAUCCUACCACCUAAUACCUCAAUCCGUUGACGUUGCCCUGAACCCCCCAGAAUCCUACUUCUUCAUAACCGACUUCCUGAUCAUAGCUUGCGGUAUCCUCUAUACGCUGUGCUAUAUGUUUUACACCAUCCGGACCUAUUCAGACCGCUACCUAGCUGGAACUGUACAAUUUCUUUCCGCGACUAUGGCAUAUGAGAUCUACUACGCAUAUGUGUGUACCACGACGAAUUUCCAACGGGCCUGCUUCUUUGUGUGGUUCUUAUUUGACAUCACGUUCGUCACGGUGGCGCUUAAGCAUGCGUAUAAGCCUGAGGAAAGGAGAAAGACUGUGGUGAAGUUGCUGUGGCAGGUGCCAGCUUGGAUGGCAUUCUUGUGGUGGGUUGGCACAGUGUGGCCGGAUGAGAGGGAACAGAAGACGGCGUUCUUUACUGGGUUGUAUCUGGAGCUGCCGAUCGGGUGGGGACAGAUCUUGUAUCUGGUUCAACGGCAGGAUACUAAAGGGCAGAGCUUGGAGAUUUGGAUCACACGAUACCUCGGAUGCAUCACGGCGUUCUUGGUGUUCAUCUGGAGAUACGUCAAUGUACCAGAAAAUUGGUCCUACGUCGGAAACUGGUGGAGCAUUGGCGGCAUGAUCGUUACGCUCUUGCCAGAGACGGUGUACCCCUUCUUUUACGUUUGGGCCCAUAAGAAAGAGAGAGAAAACGCUGAGAGAAAAAAAUUGGUUGACGAUGAAAAGAUGAAAGCUGGCGACAGCAGAGAGUAA